AUGGCGGCCACGGCACCACAACACCGAGAGAUAACCUCAGAGGACUUGAGCUUUCUCGCCCAGUACUCCGCCUUCCUUGGCAAGGGUCAAGCAGUGCCGGCCGACGACCUCGAAGAGCGUCUGCGCCAGCAUGUGCUGCACCAGUGGCGCACCUGCCUGGCCGAGCGGCACUUCCACUACCCCGAGGUGCUGGCCACCAUCAAGUCUGCCGACCCCCACGCUCGCUACUUGGAUCUGGGUUGCUGCUUCGGCACCGACACCAGGCGAGUCGUUGUUGAUGGGUGGAAGCAAGAGAAGGUGGUCGCUGUCGAUGUUAUCCCCGACUUCUGGUUCGUACUCCUUCGAACGCUCGCAUCGCGAUCGAACUACGGCCUCCAGCUGUACGAGGACGCUGCAACAAUCAAGGUGGGGACCCGCAUCGGUGACGUCACAUCCGAUUCCGCGUUCGUGGAAUCCUUGGUGGCCGGUGGGCAGUUCGCGCACGUGUGGACCGGCGCCGUGUUGCAUGUGCUCACCGAGGCCAAGGUGGAGGCCCUCCUGCGCAGCGUGUUCGCCAUGCUGCGGCCGGGCGGCAGCUACUUCGGCACGUGCGUGGGUACCAGCGGCCAGCCCAGCGACUGGCAGCCCGAGUACCGCAACCGCGGCCAGGCCUACCUGCACACCGCCGAGUCCCUCAAGGAGCUGCUCGAGCGCAUCGGCUUUGUCGAAGUCGUCGUGACCGAGCAGUCCGCACGAGCCCCAGCGCCCUUGCAGGAGGACCCGGCUGAUCUGGCUAUACCCAAGCGAAUGCUCGCCUUUGCAGGCAAGACCCCUUCGGCCCAGUGA